AUGAAGAGAAUUUUAUUAACAGUUCUAAUUUCCGUGUCAUUGGGAUUACCUGUUUAGCCAAAAUUAGAUGAGUAGAAAGUGGAUGAGUUAAAAAAUGGAAAGCUGUCGAAAUUUAUAUUAACAUUCGCAUAAUUAUCAAGCAUGUUGGAACGACCUUUAGUUGAUUUGGAUUUUGCAGUUCAAGAUUUGAGUGAGGAUUUAAAAGAAAUGUAAGAGGAAGUGUCCUAAGACUUUUUUUAAAGAUCAGCAUAACAUAAAAAAAUAAUUGAUGAUUUAGAUGUUUUAUUGGGAAAUGCUUAAAUUGAGAUUAGUAACAGCAUUAACCUAGUGGAAAAUGUACUUAAAAACUAACUUGUCUAAUUGAAUAACAAGCAGUCAUCUUUACAAGACUUCGUGAGUUAAAAUAGAGUAGCCAUUCAAAGGGAAGAUUUGAUGCAUUAAACUAAUAGCAAAUAAUAUGAGGAAAAGAUUACUGAUCAUUAGACGGCAUUGAAGAUUUUAGACAAAGCAUUGGACAUUGUAUAAAAGUUCAUUUCAGGAGAAUUGGAUAUUAAUUAAAGAGACCCAACUCAAAGAGAUGUGUAAGAACUUACCGGAUGCCUCAAUAAGAGAUAUGGAAAUUAUCCUUUAGUAGCUGCAUUAAUAGAGAGUGUACCAACUUUUGAGAAUAUGAAACAACUUAAGAAGAUAAGGCAAAAGCUUGUUAAAGUGAAAUAGGCGGUCUAAGAUCAGUACAAUGAAGACUUGUUUCAUGAUAAAACUCAAACAUCUUUGUAUGAAAAAAGAAAGGCUUAAUUAGAAAAAGAACACUCAAUCUUCCAAUAAUAAAUUGCCGAUAAUAUGUUCUCAAUCAAUACAAUUUAAUAAAAGAUAAAAGUGGAGGAGGACUUUUAAGACAUGAGAAGAGAUGAUGUUAAAAGAUAUGCUCAACAAAGAUAAGAUGAAAAUGAAGCAUUUGCUUAUGAGAUUGCAAUAUUUUAGGAUCUAAAAAAUAUGUAUUUAACUGAAUAAUAACUUGGUGAAUAAGCAAUUAACUUCAUCAAUACAAAAUAAUUUUCUGAUUUAAUUAGAAGUAAUUUGGACAUAGCACUUAGAAAUAAAUGA